AUGUCAUCCAACCAGCAAAUUCAAGGUGAGGCCUCGAACUCCAAUGCUGCACAGCCAAGCAGCGCAUCCGGAGUUGCGUCCUCCUCCACAGCGGCCUAUACGGUCUAUGAAGCGAGAACCAUGGAUCAGUUAUACAAUGAGGUUCGAAAUGACGAUGAAACCACUCGUAUCAUGGAUGUAAUGUCUUACCACUACCUCAAUAUGCACAAACAGGAAGGUUACGACGAGAUCUGUUGGAUCAACCUGGAAGGCAACCCUGAGGACGAGAUCGCAAAUGAGCCAUGCUUCGAAAUCGGCGACAUUGUGCGCCUUAAGUGUCAUGGGAGCCCAGAUGAUGAUGAUGAUGCUGAUGAUGAAGACGACGACAAUGGAAGCAUUUGGGAUGAUGUUUCAAAGCUGUCAUCCACUUGUUACAAGGUCAUCGAUUUGUCAUAUGAAGCGGACGAAUCAGGAGUUGAGAUCAAGGAUUCUUCCCCGGAGACGCCAUUGGCUUCUUCGUUCACUGCUAAGAUGUCUUCUUCACCCGUUGCGAAACCUGAGAACGACGACGACGACUGUAAGAAGUCAGAGGUGAAGGAGGAGAAGACUGAGAAGGGCAAGGAGGAUUUGAUGGACUCCGACGCCGACGCUAAAGAGGCAGAGAACGACAACGGACCUGACUCCAAGUCUCCUUUGGACACGGAUGAGAAGGAAAAGUGUUCCAAAGUGUGGUUGUAUUGUCUCGAGCCGUUCGGAGCUCAUCAAGAGUUCCUCACGGCAGACUUCUUCUGGGUUAGAGAGUAUCGGCUGGUUCUUGACGCCGAAGCGAUGGACGUCUGUGCUGACGACAACGAGGCCGUGGAGGACAACGGCGACUCUAUGGAGGGCGUUGUUGAGACCAACGACAAGGCUAAGGGACCCUGGUUCGGACUCUGGAAGUAG